CUUCAUUCAGCUGACAUAUAACAAAAUAUAUCUAGAAAUAAUGACAGAAUAAAAGUUGAGCUUUCCAUAUGAUAAGAGCUAGAUUGAUGAACUCUUGUCUUGUGUUUUUACUCAUUGUUAAUGUCAAGGAGGAGAUAACCUACUUAGAGGAGGAUGAGAAUAAACCACCGUGUUUCGAGGCGAUGUGACGCUGUCUGUUAGUUGUGUCGAAGGUUUCCACGAGAAACCCUUCUAAUUCGUUAGCAUGGUUAUGGACGCCAUUGAUACUCUUUAUCGUACAGUCCUUAAUGAUAACGGUUUUAAUCAAAACUUUGAUAAAUCCUACUUUUUACCCUUCCUCAACACGUAUCAGUUGGACAGUGUGGAGACAGAAGCGGGUACGGACUCCCCACAAAUACUUUCCAAUGAGGUAAUGCCGGAUACCAUCGACGGUACUCCUAAUACUCCAAUGUAUACGAGCAACCAUUCGAACUAUUUAAUUUCCGAAAAGCAAGCUCUCCACUGUCUUUCGACUUCAGCCGUGGCAAAGGGCGCUUUUACGAUGAAACCCGACAAAGGAAUGUUCCCCAGUAGCUCCCCACAACAAACCGGUUUAUCUCAGAGAUUCACAUAUCGCCGUUCCACCUCAUCGGCCACUUCUUCUACCCAAACAGAUAGUCAAGGCCAGGUUGGUGGGUGGAUGGAACUCGAGAAAACAUCUGACUUCACGCCCUUGCUAAACAUACUUUGCCAGUCCACAGUUCUUCCUGUCUCCCCGCCAACUCCCCCAGCUCCAGUUCUUGGAGCACCUUCUCCUGCCUCUUCGCACUUCUCAACCUCGUCCAGCUCAAGCACGUUUGAAACUACUGAAACAAUGAUCCAAGAACAUUUCUUCGUCAGCUCUCCAAACCAACAGGAACUGCUACAAUUUGAUUCUGGUGGUGAAGGAUUCACAAUGAGGCAAUCUCCAGAGUACAGCAGCUGCACUGGUUCGGAGAAGAAUGUUGCAGCUAUAGUGGCAGCCACAGAUGGAAUGUCCCCACAGACUAUGUUGUUCCAUCAAGGAAUGGAAUUAUCGUCAUCGUCAGGACAGAAAUACCACUGGGGCACCAUAGGUUUUAACAUGCAUGAUUACGGAACUUUUCAAAGUAAAAUGAACUCUUCAACUGUAGUCCCGAAGCAAGAACUGAUCCCUGUAUAUCGCAUUCUUUCCGGACAUGGACUCGCCGAAUACAACCAAUCAACUAGUAAAGGACAUGAGAUCCUCAACCAGGCUUAUGAAGCUAGCUCAGUGCCUUUCAAGCUGAUUCCUUUAAAGCAACGCAAGUACCCCAAUAGGCCUAGUAAGACGCCAGUCCAUGAACGGCCCUACGCCUGUCCCAUAGAUGCUUGUGACCGGCGGUUCUCUCGCAGUGAUGAGCUGAAUCGUCACAUUCGGAUCCAUACUGGUCUAAGACCGUUCCAGUGCAGAAUUUGCGUGAGGUCAUUCAGUAGAAGUGAUCACUUGACCACCCACAUCCGCACACAUACGGGUGAGAAACCAUUUUCCUGUGAUAUGUGCAGCCGCAGGUUUGCUCGAAGUGACGAAAAGAAGAGACAUACCAAGGUUCACCUGAAACUGAAGCGACCGGUGACUCAGGAUUAAGUUAUCGAAGGCGCGGGUCCAAGAUACAAUAUACCUCUUUCUCAGGAUGACCUUUCCGCAACUCUUAUUUUAAAAAACUCAUUCUAUCCAUCAGAAACAGUGUCAGUGACUACUGCUUCCUUAAAGAGAGAGAGAGAGCUUAACAAGGGUCAGUCAUUCAGUCGUACAGUACAACAUAGCUUUGAUAAUGCCACCACCUGUGCCUCGAACCUAUUCUUUGCGACCAAAUUUUAUGACUUUUUGAAAGUGUUGAAUAUUGGUACCGUUAAACAUUAGACGAACAUAAAAUGUUUCUGAUACAGUUGCUUUUACACUUGUUGUCUUAAAUGAAAAUUGGGUAGACAUACGUUUAUUAUUGUGAACAAAUUGUUUUCGUUUUUAUUUUAUAUAUUAUCUAUAGUAUAUAUAAAAUAGCAUUAUUGUCAACCAUAAAUAAAGCUUUGUAAUCCACCGCGGGAACGCUCCACCGUUUUACCGAAUACAAAGUUGACCUAUACCAAGUUAAGCCUAGUCUAUUGUUAGCAAGCAGACACCCGCAAAACAUUUGCGAUCGAAUUAGGAUCUUUAUUACAAUAGUACUUUUUAAAUAUAUAAUUUCCAGAAUGAUACAAAUAAAUUCUAAUAGCAGACACUGAAAUCUAUAAGUCCACAUGUCUUAAGCCUAACAUUACGUAAGCCUUUAAAUACGGUCUAUGUUAGAUAUAGAUAACACUAAAUUGUUACGUUUUUCGCUUUAGACUUAGUUUAGUUUAGUUAGACGCAAAAUUUUACCAUACCUUGUACUAUCAAUAAAUAAACUUAUAGUGUUAUUGAUCGACUUAACGAUAGACCUUUUUAAAAACUUUAAGCUUUUAAUAUGUUAUUGUGCAAAAUGUCUACUAAAGUAAAGGAUAUUUCAAAUUUUUACAUGCGGAGGAAUGAAAUGCGCAUUUAGAUUGUGAAGUGCGCAUGCAUUUUCAGUACAGACAGAAAGUGUCGUUAUUUAAUUUUUUAGUGCAUAUUGGUGUAUAGAAGACACAUUAAUGCUAUAAAUAAACGACCUUAUAACACCAAAAUGUUGUUUUUAUUUAAUUAGACACUCAAUGUUUCGCUUUACAGCUUCUUCAGGAGCGUCCACUAAAGUGUUAAAAGGUCUUUUAUUUAUAGUAUUAAUAUAGUUUCAUGUUUACGUUCACUCAGGAGUAUCUCCAAAGUUACACUGUUGAAAGUAUUUAUUCCAAAACUGUGGAAUAAAUUUUCGUUAUUGUGUUAACUAUAGUGUAAAUACCGUAUUUCUUGAAGUCAAAAUAAUUAGUUACAAUUUCUUAUAUUAUAGAAUAUUUUUAUGUGCAUAAGUGAGUUUCUCUUGUCUAUAAGCGCAGUCAUAAAUGUACGUGACUUAAAUUUAUGUUAAUACAAUAAAAUAUUUUAUUGUAUAUAAUAUCUAUCUGCGAAUGUCUAGCUUUUCAAAUUUGCUACACUCUUCCAAGAUUUCAGUAAAUAAUUUUGUCAUAUACCAAAUGCCUUUCUAAAAUUUGGAAGUGUUUAUCUUAAAAACAAAGAAAAAAAUCUCGCCUAAUGAGGUGCAAUGAACCUAAAACUUGAUCAUGGGAAAAAUUAGAGACGACCCUUAGCAACUUUGGUAUUUUGUUUUCUCCAACACACAUUUGUUGUAGACAGAAUAGUUAUGCUAUAGCCAUCUUCAGUGUUAAACAUGAUAUGUUUUAUUUAUACAGAAUUGCGUUAAAUAUUUUUUUUUUCCAUUUUUAUAAACAGGCAUUAGUCUUUUAGAAGUUGUUUUGAAAUUAUAAUAACAUGAAUAAAAUUAUUUUUGUUCGAUUUCAUGUUUGAAAAUGCCAUACGUGAAAUUUGUAAUAAGAUUUCCGUUUGCUUUAUUUUUUUUUCUGUGAUAUUUAAAGUAUUAUUAAUGAAUGCCAUUUUCCUUGACACCUUUUAGGUUUAAGUUCCAUACAAAAGCUUUCAUCAAAUAUUUAUUUCGGCUCUUUUGAAAAUGUAUCAGCUUUAGAUAUUAGUCUUGUCAAACUUUACGUGCCUGUUUCAUUGUAUUUUAUUGGUAUAUCUCUAUUUAAAUAUGUGACUUUUUCUCAAAUCCAUAAACGUCUUUGUUAUGUGGUGAAUUGUUAUUUGAUUUCCAAGAUGGUUCAAUCUCAAAAUAUGUUUGGAGGAAAACUGUAUAUUUUCGCAAGUUCUUAUUAAAAUGAUCUCUAAUCUUGAGAAAUUAUAAAA